UACUGUUCUACCUUUUAUGUGCACUGGUCUUCCUCACACUGGCACAUUGUGCCAGUGGUCCUGUGUUUGAGACACAAACCUCUGAUGUGGGACAAACAGUGACUCUACGAUGUCCCCGUGAUCCCUCUAAGAGCAACACAAAUUUGUACUGGAUCAGACUUCUCUCUGGAAAUGUGCCGGAGUCUUUAGGAGGAACAGGAUCAUUUAAUGAUAAAAAAUCCUAUGUACCUUUGUACUCUUCCAUUAAAACAAAGCAAGAACCUGGAUCAUUUGUACUGAGCAUUGAGAGACCACAGCUGAGUGACACUGGACUUUACUACUGUGUGAGAGUACAACAUAUUGAGAAAACCAUGGUCUUUACCAAUGUCACAUUUUUAAAUAUUAAAGACCCAGCCUCAGCCGUGAGAGUGGAGAGUCCAGAUCUGUCUGGUCCAGUGGACUCAGGAGACUCUGUGGAUCUUCAGUGUUGGGUCCAGAUGGAGAAUGCUCAGUGUUUUGAGGAGCACAUGGUUUGGUGGUUCAGGUCUGGACUGGACCAGUCUGGUCCUGGUUUAGUCUACACUCAGAGGAACAGCUCUGCUCAGUGUGACAGGAGCACAGAAGAUCCUGGUCCUCAUAAAUGUCUCUACACUUUCUCCAAAACCAUGAGCCCCUCUGACGCAGGGACGUACCGCUGUGCUGUGGCAGCCUGUGGACACAUUCUCUUUGGGAAUGGAACUAAAGUCAAUAAAAAAGAGAACCAGUGUGAUUUUGACAAGACCAUCAUUAUUGUGCUCAGUGCUCUAUUAACCGUCAGUCUCAUUGUUAUAAUGGUUCUCAGUUAUUCCAUUAUAAAGAGGAAGUGUUGUAGUUGUUUUUAUGUUGGACAAAAUGCUGAUGAUGUAAACAUCAGUGAACACACAUGUCUUAAGACCUCCCCAGAGCCAGUUUUCACGUACGGAGAUCCGGUCGUCGAGAUGUCCACCUUCAACUACUGUCCAGAUCCCUCUGCACCGGCCCCUUACGGAUCCUCCUGCAGGUGGGAGGUCCAUGGGGGCUGUGCCCAGCUGGGCCCCAUGGGGAAGGCCCAGCCACCAGACGCUCACUGA